UCGGAGACUUAUGGAGACUUGUGUGCCAACAGAACAAGAUCUUAAAGCUUUUUAUCAAUAUUAAUGUCGAUUUCUAGCGGAAAUCGUUUCUAACUACUUUUUGUUUAUACUAUAGUAAUAAUAAUUAAUUAUAUGGAUAUAAAUAAUAUUGGAUUUAAAAUUUAAAUCAUUGAUUUCUCAUUCAGCUCUUUUUCAACAUUGGAAAUAUUAAUCGUAACACAGGUUUCCGAAUGCCAAGGCUUUGAACAGGCUUAUCUUUAAUCGGCACAUGCUAUUAUGAACAUAUUUAUUCUGUGUCUCCGAUGUAAACUAUUUUUCAGUGACAACUUCCUUGCGGGCAAAGCUCUGCUCUGCUCUGCUCCUGAUGUUUAUCUCGGGUUGAUCGCCUCAUUGCACACAUAUGAGAGACUCCACGGACGAAGUGUGGUUUCUCUAGGCAAUCUCUGGGCUCUGAGCUGGCUAUGGCCAAGACGAGCGCCUGAUUUAAGUAUUGCGUAAGCCGACCAGUUUCCCACAAGUCUUGCAGCACACCAAGGCUUCCCAGCUCUCAAAAAAUAUAUAAAUAAAUAAAGGGUCUCACUUACUCUGAUGACCUUAAUAGGUCCAAGGCCUGAUCGAGGCCACAAAUAGUGGCCAGAGGACACCCUAACCCUACCUAAGCACAUACUGGGUCUGGGAGAUCCCCGUUCCCACAGAGCCACAUGCUCCACGAUCAUUAGACCGCUUCAAUUUCCUCAUUAGACGCACUCAAUUAGCUGCCGUUUAGACGACUUUGUUUCCACCGGAGGAGGAGGAGGCGGCGGAAUAGCGGGCCGGAGGAUCGCCAACUGCUUUCCCAAAACAGAGGUGGAGAAAACCCGUUGAUCGUUUUGGACGUAAUGGGAAAGCGAUUAUGCAGCUUUAAUUCAAUCGUCGAUGCUAGUUUUGUGUUUCAAGUCAAUGCGAUUGGUCUGCCACUGUCGGCAUGUUAGUGUUUCGGUGUCAAAGACAUCACAGAUCCAGCAGGAGUCGGGGUGCCGAGUUGAGCUUCAGGAAACUCGAGCCCAAACUCCUUCCGCCUGGCUAUAUAAAAAGCAUUGUUGGCAUCUCCGCUUUGGCAGUAAGAAAAUCGAAUUGGCCGCGUUACCGUCUCUCCGUCGCCGUCGGUCGUCAUCGAUCACCGAUCAUCGUCCUCAUCAUCCUCAGCAAUUAUCGCAUAUCAUCGCGCUAUCAUCGACUUGUCGUCGUUAAACGAUCGGAUCAAUUGGAUUGAUCGAUCGCAUGUAAUCGGAGAAUUAAAGAAAUGAAAAAAUCCACAACAGUGAGUGAUCGCCGAAUAAGCCUGGGAUUACUCUCGACAGUGUUCCUCGUGUUCGAUAUAGAUCCCAUAAGAUCUGGGCUCUAUAGACUUGUGUGCGAUUUUCAGGAUAGCAAAUUACAGUUUAGUCUUUGUUCUUAUCGGAUCUAUAUUUCGUCCAAGCCAUUUUUAGAUAUUAGUAUCCAUAUCCGGGAUUCUAGCUUUGGAUUAGAGCUUAGCAACUUACUGUUUAGUUUCCUAAGGGAUCUUUGCUUUCCUCCACCUUCUCCGCCAAGUUCAUAUGAUAGUUUUUGCAUUGUCAACCAGCUCAAGCCCUUUUUUUUCUCUCAUUUUCAAAGUUAGAACUUUGCUUAUAAAACAUAAUAUAUAUCACAAUGGAAGACUGUAAUAGUUGUUUAAAUACUAUUUUGGGCGGUGGUAAUAUUAAUAAAAGAACUGAAUCACUCUAGAACCUUACCAACUUCAAGAGAGAUUCGAUUAUAUAUAUUUUUCCCCGAUAUUAGGUUCCCAACUAAAGAACAACCUCUUGAUCUUGAAACUUGGAUAAUUAAUUAAACAAUUAUUAUAAAACAAGCAGACUUGAUAAGGGUAGAAUUGAAUUUCGAAAUAUUUCGUUUAUAAAAGAGAACCCUUAGGAUCUGUAGGAAUCACUUUCAGGCCUUACUAACCCAGAAACAGAUUCCAACUCAAGAUAGAAAGCAACAGAACGAAAAGAAUAAAUAUGAGAAAGAUAAAUUUUAAUGUCUCGCAGCUUUCCCGCUUUCAGAGAAUGGCCGCCUUAGGCCUGCUGUUGCUGGUGGGCGUCCAUGGGACGACGAUAAUCAGCAUCAAGUACCCGGAGAAGCCCACCGAGGUGGUCGUGAAGCCGCAGCCGGCCAAGCGAGACCUAAGCCUGAGUUAUGCGGCCACCAACAUUGACUCCAAGGAGGGAACUCGCGUCAAGACCAUUACGGUGAUCAAAAGCGUGGGUGGGAGCAUAUCUGCUCCGGAAGAAGCGGCGGCAGCUGCUACAUUUGGGGCUCCCACUGGUCACAAGCAGCAGCAGCCGAAGCUGGCGAUUGAUCCGUUGCUGCACAAGAACCCGGAGUGGGCGAAUGCCUUUCGCGAUAACUUUGACUCCUAUGGAGCACUGCCAGAUGUCCCGGACAUAGAUGACCUGUUCGAGUUCGUGAAUCGCAAGAAGCCCGCGGAGGAGAAAAAGCAGGAGGCGACUCCCAGCCAGGCGGAGAAGGUGCCGAAGGAGGAAGCCAAGCCGGCUGAGGAGACCACUACCAAAAAGGCCGUCGCCGUUGAGCAGAGCGAGGGAGAGGACAAUGCCAAGGGUAGUAGUGCUACCAGCACUGGAAACAUCGACAGCGACGAGGCGGUGGUGGAGAAGAUCAAGGGCGAUGCCGAGUUGCUGCCGCACAUCAAGCAGGCCAACAUUCUUCGCCUCCAGGCGGCUCAGGCACGCUCGGGGCUGGGUCUGCGCACCAAAGAGUCCCUGAUAAGCGUUAACUACUCAACGCCCAUGCACCAGGUGACCCAGUAUUUUGACAACUACGUCCAGGCGGUGCCAAAUGGCUACGACUACUCCAAGCCCUGCGGCGCCCCUCCGGGUAACAGUAUCCAGGUGACCACUCCCUCGGGUCGCACCUACGAUAUUCCGCAGAGCAAUAGUAGCGGCACUGGUGGCGGCAAUCAUCCGUACCUGGCUCCGUCGCUUACGAAAAAGACGCAGAUUCCACCAAUCACGGCUCAGCCUCCGGUCCAGCAGCAGCCGCCUCCCAACUACUCCUCCGUGAACUCAAUAGUGCCGCCCAUAGCACAGCCGCAGCAACCGCAGCAGGGCUUUGCUCCAAAUGCGCCUCCGCAGCAGCCCCAGGUAGUGUCACCACCGAAUGCAGGCAUCCUGCCGCCUGUUGGCUCGGGCGGAGUAUCUACCAGCCAGCGUCCCUAUGUGGCGCCCAGGCUGCGCAACAAUGGCCUGGGCAUCAGCCGGGCUCCCGGGAGCAGCAGCACCCCGGGACCGGUUCUCGGUGGCGCUCAGCCCGGCGGAGGAGGAUUUGUGGGCGGCAAUCCACCCAGUUUCCGCACCAGCAUCUUUGGCGGCGGUCCCAAUCGUCCCAACACGUUGCGGUCGCGUGGCCUAAAGUAUUGAGCUCUAAAAACUAGACCCCGCCCAGUGUGGUCGCAGCAGUAGCGAUUAAGGUUAAUAUUGUAAUUAUAAUUGUAAAUCAAAAGUGUCAAUUCCUGACUAGCACAUAUGGAGCUCCUAUAGUCCGGACAUCCCCAACUCCCUGUUCGGGAAUACUUAACAUCUUCGAUCUCGAAGUUCUCUAUUGUUCAGCUGUAGCUGGAUCAUUGUUCUAAACUAAAACGUAUCUCACAAGAGCCCAUUAUAGUAAAAUAAUAAAUAUUUGAUUAAUACUAAAUACGUUUUUGGAUAAUGACCUAUUUAAUUUAUUACUGGGAUUAGUGUUAAUUUGUGAACAAUGGCUGAAAAAGUUGCUUAGAAACGGAAACAUGUAGUAUUUAUACCAAUAUAUUUUAAACGACUUGUUUUUCACUAUCAUUAUAAUUUACAAGCUAAAAUAACAAUUUGUUAACUCUUCUUUACUUGCAAAUUGGUAACCUUUUCGCUGACUUAACAUAUUCCGAAUCAAGCUAUAUUAUUUUGACCUUAACUGUAGAAUUUACCGAACCAACAGAUAUUCGCUUUACAAUAAAAAACAAGGCACUUUGUUGAUAGCAAAGCCAUGCUAGACUGUACUUGGUAACCACUGAGGUAACCACGAAAACACCGAAUUUAACGAAGCGGAUCACAAAGCAUGGCCCGGAAUAGCUUGGCACGAAUCAAUACACACUGUUUUCCACAGAUUUUAAUUAAUAUUCACUAUUUUCCCGUUCUUUGUUUUGUUUUUUGAGCCCUCGUCCCUUUCGCUGUGUGUGUUGUUGCUGUUGCGUGAUUGUUGUUGUUGUUGGCAUCUCCGCCGAAGAAGAAGCAAAACGAAGCAGACAGGAUAGGUGAGGGGGGCACGUCGCUGCUCGAAGUACGAAUACUGAUUUUUAUUCAAUGAACUUUUACUCACCACG